AUGGGGGAGAAUUCUAGCUUCUACCUCAGAGCUUCUCCCAGCUGGGGCGGAACAUCUCACAAGUCGACAUGUAGGUCGGCACCGGACCUUGCCAUCCAGCGGGGGAAAGAUCACCACCACCUCACGCACCAAUAUACGAACUACACUUACGGGACAUUAGCACUUGUCGCGCGCGCAAACGUUAACGCAUCAAAGAGAUGCGGCGCUGGCUGCGCGCGAUGGAGAACGUGGCGGAGCCGCGGGGCUUCGCGCGGGCCGACCUCAGCGCGUGGAUCGAGAGCUUCCGCAACGCCACGCCCCUCGCCGCCUACGCGCCCUUCGACUUCGACGCCGACGCCUACUCCCUCUGACCGCCUCGCAUUCGCCCCCCACGCGCCGCGCGGCGACGGCGGCCGAGGAAGAGGACGGGAGACUGGAAGACGGAGAACCGACGCAAAGGGAGGGAAAAUUAAGGGAUGGGAAGCGAGAGGGAUUGAAAGGAGGGAAAGUAAGGGGGAGGGAAAGAAGGGAGGAAGAAAUGGUAGAGAGAAGGGACUAAAAGGAGGAAGGGAAAAAUUGCCAGGGAUGUGCGAGAAAAACAACAGGGGAAGAGGAGAAGCAAAGCAAAUGAAAGCAGGUGUUGAAAGGGAGAAAAUAAGGGAUUGGGGGAAGAAGAAGGAUGGUGAAAAGAAGAGAAAGAGAUUUGGGGAAACAUGA